AUGGUGGAAUCUCCCAGCCCACGACGAUCAAAUCGAAACCUGAACAAAUCUUCCCCCGGUGGUACUUCCAGCCCUACGGGCAGUGCACGCAAGAAACGCUCUUGGGCCAUACACUCGUUUGCGGGCAGCAUCAGCGAGCGGGAUGAUACUUCGGGCCUUGAUUCGCCACCUACGAACAGAGACAGCUCUGCGUCAACAGCGAAGAAAAGGAGGAGUACAACGAAAGAACGUUCUGCGAAGGACCCUCACAGCCCAGUCAACCACCUGGUGGACAGCCUGCGGCCUGGGCUGACAUUGGUUUGCAUAGGCCUCAACCCCGGGUUGAUGACUGCUGCCACAGGGCACGCGUAUGCACAUCCUUCGAAUCGAUUCUGGCAUCUCCUCCAUGACAGCGGAAUAACGCCGAAAAAGCAUACUCCCGCGGAGACUCGAGACCUGAUGGAUCUUUACCAGAUUGGCAACACAAACAUAUGUGAGCGGCCGACCAGGAGCGGAGAUGGUCUCAGCAAACAAGAGUUAGAAGAGGGUGCUGUGACGCUCGAUAAAAAAAUCGCAAUCUACAAGCCAGAAGCUGUUGUGAUUGUGGGCAAGGGCAUCUGGGAAGCGAUCUGGAUAGUGAAAAAGGGAAAGAAGAAAUUCAACGACCCAGACUUCCAUUGGGGAUGGCAAGACGAGGAAAUGCAGCUUGGUAGAGUAGUAGAGGCUGACGGGCACAUUGUUUGGCCCGGCGCAAAGACGUUUGUGGCCACGUCUACCAGUGGGCUUGCAGCAACCCUCAGACCAGCCGAGAAGCUGGCGAUAUGGAAACCGUUGGGAGACUGGAUGGCCAUGAAGAGAGAGGAGACGUGA